UUGAACAUCAGCCCAAGUAUCCAGUUUGUUGAGCCCAUCCGAAAACCAUCUCCACCAAAGGAAAAAAAGAAGAACAGAUCUUUGUCAAGGGGAAGCCAGCAUUCAUUGAAUUUGCAUGUAAAACCUAGGACAUCUGGCGAGAAUGACAGUGACUCUUCCACUAGUGCUGACAGCACAAUCAAAGACAGAAAUUUUCCAAGUGAAAACAUUAAUAAGAAACUAGAAGAUAUGGCAUUGCAAAUUACUGAGAAUCAAAAAGAGCAAAAAGAGAAUCAACAG